CCGGCAUUGCGUCUGUCGCUUUAACCGCCCCCCGUGGGUGGUGGCCGGGCGCAGUGCGCAUGAGUUCGGGGUUGGCUGCUCCCCGGAGCCUGUACCUAGCUGGAUAUACUUCUUCGGCCACCUGCCCGCUAUCGUUCUUUGUGGGCGCUCUUUCCCACUCCGUGCCCUACCUUUCCCGUCCGCGCCUGGAGAAGUGUGGACUGCUCCCCGUAGCCGCAAUGACUGAAGCUAGCAGCCAUAAGAGGCCAUACGUAAUAUGCUGAUGGCAUUCUGCACCACAUCGGGAUCAAUAAGCCAAGAGAGUGUGAUGCCUGGAAAUCUCUUCUCGGAUUCUCCUGACAUGGCUUCUGAAAUUGCUCCAAAGCAUGCAUGUGGCAGCGUGGAGAAUCAUGGCAGCCAACCUAAGUGCAGAAAUCUUGCCUUGGAUGAUGAGAGUCUGAAAUACUUAACUCAUGAAGAGCAAGAUGUUCUCAUGUUCUUUGAGGAAACCAUAGAUGCCUUAGAAGACGACUUGGAUGAGCCAAUUCAACGUGACAGUGGCAUUCACUGUCAGUCUCCAAGGUCAACAGAAGAAAAUGUGUCAAGUCACUCAGAGACUGAAGAUAUCAUUGACUUAGUACAGUCAACACCAGAGAGCAGUGACCAUGAAGGCCCUCCUAGCAGAGAUACAGAUACAGUGUUGGAUGCUACCCAGGGAACUGAGAGCCCGAAGUCAUCUGUACCUGCUGACCUUCCCCCACAUCCCCCUGUACCACCGCCACUGAUGCCUGAGAUGCUUCCUCUUCCUCCUCCACCCCCUCCUCCAGUGCAGCAUCCAAAAUUGCUUCGUUCUAUCCCUACUCCACUCAUCAUGGCCCAGAAGAUGUCUGAGCAGCAGGUGGAGAACAAGGUGCGCUUCCCCAGCAUCCUCAAGGAAGGGAAUUUGGACAGGAAGAAAACUCCAGUAGUGAACGGUGAACAUUCGGCAGCUACAAAGCAUCCUCCUGCACCAGCACCCAAACUGCACCGCUUCCCCAGCAACAUCAACAUAACAAAUGUCAGUGGCAAGGAGUUCAAUGAGACAAUUUCAAAAGCAGCAGUUAACGUCCAGGAGAGGAGAGCUCAGGUGCUGGCCAACAUCAAUGGAGGAGCUUUUCUGGCAGCAGAACUGGAGGAGAAGCUGCAGAAAAAUGAUUUCUUGUCACGUAACAGAAGCUCUUCCUUAAGGGAUUUGUCCUCUGAGCAAACACGAUAUGAGGCCCUGACAAAACUUGGUCUAGUGAAGGGAAAGGCAGCUCAGGACCAAGUGGACCAUGCCCCAAGCACUCAGCAGCUUGAUGUGCAGCCUAAACAGGCAGACACUGUUCCUAAUGGAUAUCAAAACAUCCAUGAGGUCUUAAAAAGUGAGCCCAGCCCUUUCCUUCCUAUGGGCAAAACGGUAACAAUCAAACCAGAGGUAGCUCUUGCUGCUAACAAGGUCAGCAGUGCACAGCAGAACACAGAAAAAAGUUGUAAUGACUAUAAGCAACCUAGUCUAAACCUGGAUAUGAGGAGAAGAUCAGGUUCGCUGCCUAGACCUUCAGGAUUUCGAUCCCAAGGGAUAACAGUAAAGUUUUCUGGCCGUGGCUCAACAGAAGAAGCGAGGAGAGAGGCACUUAGGAAGCUGGGACUACUGAAAGAGACAGCGUAAUUCAGGUGGCAAUGUUGUGGCAGUGGGGGGAAAGCCAUGGCAUGGCUUCAUGUUUGAAUAGGCCCAACAGGAUUGGGAUCAAACGGAUUAGAAGAAGAAGAGGAAGUACUCUGCUUCAGGAAAGUUGAGGAGACACUAGACAUUGUGGAAUGACCACUUGUGUUUAUCCCAGAAGGACUUCUUGUCAUGUACAGCAGUGGGCUUCAGCUCCCCUUCCUACAGAUAUAUUCUUCUGUUGCUCUUUGACUAAGAGGAAUUUUAUUUUGGUAAAGCAGAGAGCAUCACACUAACAAAGUGCACAGUGCAGUAUUGUUAUACAUAGCAAACCUGGUGGUGAACCUUCUUUUGCUCUUCCUGAAGCCAAAAAGAGGAGCUCUGUUGUCUUGCCCACAUGCACGUGUCUGCCUGUGGGAGCUCUGGAUAUUGAAACUGAAAUUCCUGACCAGUGUGGCAUGCUUUCCCGAGUUUGUCUGUAUUAGCUGGCUUAGCUUUGUGCCCUUCAAGUGGUGGAGUCUUCUGCUUCCUUGCUCUGUGCCCACUUGACUCAAGGCUGUACAGAGGGUGGUUUCUGUUUUGACCUUCUCCUUGACAGAGCAACUCAAGCUUUGAGGAGGUGACCGCAUCACUCUGCUGCUUCAUUUGAAGUCUUGCCUUUCUUCCCAGCCACCUGCUUCUUGGUCAUGCUCUAGCAACCUACAUGUCCAUAAAAGGCAUCAGAUAAGCCUCAAGGAUAUGCACUCUGCACCGGUUUUUGCACUGACAUCCAAAGAGUCUCCUGACAAUCUGUGACCCCAACUGUUCUGUACCAGUGAGGAUCUUAAAGCAGAGAAGCCAUAGGAACAAGUGAACUUUGUACCAAAUGCAAGAACCUUCUGUCAGAAGUCUUGUCUUUUGUCUUGGGGUUCCUGUGAAGAAACUGUUACUUUUUGAACAGUAGCUGUACUACACUGAAUAGCUGCAAGUUCUGUUACUUCUAAAAACUCUCAUUUGGUCUUCCUGUAGUUUGACAGCCCUAACAACCCUCUGUUCACAGCCUUAUUUGAUUCUGCCCUGCCAAUGCAUAACAGAAGUUACAGCCAAAAUUAUUGUAGGCUAAGUGGAGUUAGAGGAGAGAUGGGCAUUUAAGAGCACAUCACUUCAGUUGGAGUUCCUUUUGCCUUUGCUCAGUAGACAUGUUUUUAAAGAUUGUCCCAAAACAUAUUUCUGUGUUGGUAUCAUUUAGUGGAGCGUUUUGCUUGUCUGUUUCAACAUGGCAAAGCUGCCUUUCCAUGCUAAACCUACCUUCCCUAUUUUGUAUGCCUGAAAACCUCAAGAAUAGCCAUUGUAAAACCAAAUGCCAAGCUCCAGACCCUCUAAAUUUCUGGUUGUUAUUCCUGCAUGUUUAAAGGUUCUCAGUGUUUCAUUUCUAAAGGGAAAAGCGCACUUUCUAAAGCCUCAGGCAGCCCCCUCUGUUUCCCUGAGUAGCUGAGUAAUAAACCUUGGAGAAGAGGAGGGGAGUGGCUAUAAUAGAAACUGACACACCCUUCAGCCAGGAGCUCUGACAUAACUGUGAUAAACAACUUUGUAACUCUCCAGAUAGUGUUUCAAACUCGCUGAGCUGAACUUGCAAAUGAAGCUGUUGUGAAGGAAAAAUCUUCUGCACCAUUUUCAACCUGCCUCAUAAGCUAAAGGUGUUUCGUUUUAAAUGAUCUGCUUGCUGCUUCAAUUUUUAAUUGUGUUAUGGUAUCUGGUUGGGUCUGUUAUGUAGUUAUUCUUUUCAGCGGGUAAGUGAUCACGUUCCUCACUGUGACAGACAUACUAUACAUAAGCAAUGAGUAAUUAAAAUGUGGCCAUUCCUUUGUCUGGCAAAGCACUUAGGCAUGCAUAAUCAAACGUGAGAAGCGCUGCUGGAGCAAAACAGCAUGCUUGUGUGCUGCAAGUAAAGCAGAGACUUAUUUUGCUGGCCUUUGAGUCUGUAGUCCUAAAGCAAGAGGACAAGCACAGAAAAUACAUGUAAACACCUGCUUUACUCCAGCCUGGAGUGGAGUCCUACAUGGGGGUGACGCAUCAUAAUUUAUUAACAUAACCUACUAAGCAAUUUUAAAUGUUUCAUGGCUUUUGUGCUUUUAAAUCCCAAUGAAGCAAAUUCUUUAUGCUAAAUACAAAGCCAUCUUCACAUCUAAUCAUUUCUGGCCAGCUUUUCCAGCGUUGUUUACAGCUGAGAGCCCAUGCUAAGCAAAUGGGGGGUGGGGGGGAAAUAAUCCUAACACUGUUUCAUUAAAAUUCUGUAACAUAGUCCUAUUUAAAAAAGAAAAAAAAAAUAGCAGUUUAAUAUUUAAAGUUGCAGUAUGCUAUAUGCUAAAUUUAACUGGAUAAUGUUCUUCCAUCCUUAGCGCAGGGCUGUGGUGGAAAAUAGGAGUUAGAUCUUCAGGAGGUAAACCAAUUUCUGCUGUAGGAGGACUUAGAACGAGGUAUUCAUUGUGGCCCAUCAUUGUAGCAAAUAGCCUACUGGUGAAUUCUUCUCUGUGCCUAAAACUGUAGUAAGUAAAGCCAUGUACUGAAUGAAGUUAAUGAAGAGUCUAGCUGCUAAUUACCUGUAUAUACAUUUAGCUCUAUUUUUGUGUGUCUUGUUUUGUGUGUAUAUAUUGCUGUGAUUUUAUUUUUCUCCUUUGUUAGAGGUAACUGUCUUGCACAAAUCUGAGAAAUCAUCUAUUAAACUGGGAUGUAAAACAAUAAAAGGAUGGCUGAUGGGA